AUGCUGGAAGCGGUAGCUAGGAGGAGCUUAUCCAUGCCGUUCAGUAAUAGCCAACGACCAACGUAUCCGGGAAAGGUAACGACAGCUCACGCGGCGAUAACAGGUAUCAAGUGUAUGCAAUGUAAGGGUGAUCAUCAAAUCUAUCAGUGCAAAGCCUUCAAGGAGCUAUCAGUCGCGGAGCGUUUAGACAAAGUAAAAUCCUUAAGACUAUGUUUAAAUUGCUUAAAGGGGAAACAUGUGGCAAGGGAAUGUUUAGCUAGUGGGUGUAGAAAAUGCUCUAAAAAACACAGUACUUUGUUACACGAAGAUCGCGAGCCUGGAAAGGAAAAGAAAGGGGAAGAAAACGUAACGCCAGAAGUUAAUCAAAAUAAAACGGUAUGCACGCACGCUCAAGCGAAAGAAAUUUUAGAAGCUAAUCAAGUACUGCUGUCUACAGCGUUAGUUACGGUAAAAGACGAUAAAGAUAGCCUGAUUGAAGGAAGAGCCCUAUUGGACAACGGGUCCCAAUCAAAUUUUGUUACUGAAGAGUUUGUUAAGAAAUUAAACUUAAAGACGGUUAAAGAAAAAAUCGAGAUUAAAGGGAUAGACGGACACGUAUCACAUGCUAUGAAAUCAGUUAAGUUAAGGAUAACUUCUCGCUUCGGAACUUUUGGGAUGGAAUUGCAAUGCAUAGUCCUUCCGAAAAUUACGCAAGACUUACCAACGGUCGUAGUAAAUACAGUUAGCUUAGAAUUGUCUAGAAACAUUAAGUUAGCAGAUCCUCAGUUUAACAUACCAGGUAAAAUUGAUUUGUUAAUAGGCGCGGAGAAAUUUUGGGAAUUGAUCUGCGUAGGACAGAUAAAAAUAGGAGAGCAAAAAACCAUACUACAAAAAUCUCUGUUAGGUUGGUUAAUAUCCGGAUCGAUUGGUGGCUCUAAGUCGAAAAGAAUAACACAAACGAGUUGCAAUCUGAGCGUUAUGGAAGAAUUAAACAGUACGAUGCGUAAGUUUUGGGAGGUGGAGGCCUAUCAGGAAACAAAGAACAUAGACCCGGAGGAGGAAUAUUGCGAAAGGCAUUUUAAAGAGAGUCAUAGUCAAUCAAAUGGUAGAUUCAUGGUCGAGUUACCGGUUAAAAAAGACGUGCUAAACAUGUUACAAGGUUCCAGAGAAAUAGCGAUGAAAAGGUUUUUAGCACUGGAAAGAAAGUUUGCUAAGAAUCCAGAGUUCAGAAAUGAGUAUGUCAAAUUCAUGCAAGAUUAUCUAAGUUUAGGACAUAUGAGACGAGUGAGUGAACAAAAUAAAGAUAAGACGAGGGUUUUUCUGCCGCACCACGCCGUAAUAAAGGAAAGUAGCGCUACGACAAAAACUAGGGUAGUAUUUGACGCAUCUAGUCAAUACGCAAAGGAUAUCGCCAAAAUGUAUAGACAAAUAUUAGUACACGAAAGUCAAACCUCCUUACAGAGCAUCAUUUGGCGAGAAAACCCAGAAGCAGAAAUAGAAGAGUUCGAAUUGCUCACGGUAACGUAUGGCACAAAGCCAGCCUCAUUCUUAGCAACUAGAUGCUUACAGCAAUUAGCUGAAGUGGAAAGAACAAGUUAUCCGAAAGCAACAGAAGUAGUGGGUAGAGAGUUUUACAUAGACGACCUGUUGACGGGCGCGAAUACCGAACACGAGGUUAUAACAUUAAAGGAAGAGUUAACGGAGUUAUUAGCAAAGGGGGGCUUCGAGUUACACAAAUGGAGUUCUAACUUAGUAACCUUAGGAGAAGACACUGACGUGAAGAACGAAGCG